UUUCUUCUUUUAAAGCAACAGAUUGGGUCACCUCGAUCAACAACACCAUGAGGUUCGUCUAUUUCACUCCGUUGCUGUUGGUUGUCGUCUUAGCCAGUAUUCCAGCUGCUUCUGGAGAGUUGGUAGACUUUCUGGAAGAAAUGGUAGACAAUCUCUUAGGCGAUAGUGACAGCAACAAACCCAAGAAGGAAGGAAAGGCAACCAAGGAUCCUACCCUUACACCGACGGAAGACAUUGUACUAUCCCGCCUUCGAAGUAAUGCGGCAUUGAGUCCUGUGUUUGGUAAUCUUGCAAGAUUUGUAACGGGGGAUGCCGUCACCGAGAUUGCCGAGGGACGAAGAGUAUUUCAAUGCAUCACCCAAGAAGCAGAAGCAAACACCGGAUCAGCAGUGUCUCGCAAGAAGGUUUCCUCCUUUCUCAUGAGUCCUGAAGCCCUAGAUUCCAUCGCCAUGGGUGUACUCUAUCACUUGUUUGACAGCCCGGCUGAUAUUAAUGUGAUUUGUCCCAAGGAUGGCGACGAGGGGGGGCGUGCUUUAAUGGCAGGCAGCAAUCUGCGAGGACACCGCCAGUUGACGAUAACGUCGGAUGCCAUACACACUCCCGGUGCGAUUCCCAACUACCCAUCUCUGGAUCCCAAAGACGUAUACAAGGGUGGUUUCUUAAAAGUCUUUCAAGCUAAAGGAGUCGAGUCAUAUUUGAGUGGAGACUUGAACGACCGUGGGGCGAUUGGAGCUCUCGUUGAUCAACUCAAUGACCAGAUUGUUGUUUAUCAAACUGCAAGCCAGAAUACUCAAACGGCUGGUGAAAUUAUCUAUGCUGUGGGAGAACUCAUUUCCACGAUUGUUCCAGAAGGUGGAAUUGGAGUGGCAGGAAUUCUUCUUGAUAUUGGUGCCACGGUUCGUGGUUUGGGACAGUUUCUUCAAGCCAUUGCCUCUGCCACCGCCACCAAUAUCACUUUCCGUCAAAGAACAUUGCUCAAAGUCAGCAAUCACAAAUCACUAAUUGAUUCUGCAGAGAUCCAAGCGAGUUACCAAAACUCGCAGAUGCUGCUGGCGGAACUAACUUCUCUGCGGGAGAAGGUGGCAGAGUUAGAGACGAGAUUAUGAGGAGGAAUCUGAAUUUUGGGACAACCGCAAGCAACUUUGUAGCACUCAAUUCUGCACUCUGCAUUUGCGAUCAGCAAGACGUGCUAAAACGGUGGCCACUUGAUUGCGGCUUCUUUCUGGACUGUCACUUUGGUCAGCAGUGAUCCGGUUAUCAGGCCAUGCUUCGGCCCACAAACGGAAGGACGCAAUGAUGAGCGCCAUUGGAUUGGUAGCUACCUGCCGUAGUUAGCCUCUGGAGAGCCACAUGGCCUCCCGAAUCCGAUGCGUGUACAUAAGUUUAGCUAUGUAUAGACAAGACAACUCGAUUCGACCUGACGAUGCCAGUAGACAUCCAAAUGCACAAAAUUAUUACUUGAACUUUUUUGAUUUGUA